CACGUGACCCAGCUGAGCGGUGACGUCAUCGCGCCAGAGCAAACGUAAACAGCGGCUAGCGCGUUUACUCUUUAAACUGCGACUAUAAAUGGCACAGAAAACUGAGCUCUCCGGGAAUCGAAGGCUAUGACAACGUGAAAUAAAUCAACUUCCAGGCUCCUUCCCUGAAUCUUCAUCUCCGUUGACCAUCAUGUCGUCGCGUGUGCUGCUGCGGCAGCAGCUGAUGCGGGAGCAGGCCCAGGAGCAGGAGAGGCGGGAGGCCCAGCAGCAGGCCUCGGCCUCUCAGCUCCGAGCAACCGACUCAACGCCAGCUAUUUCUGUCACUUUGCCCCCAAAUGCUGCCCGUCCUCCUCCAGCACAGGUGCCUGUGGAGGUGCUGAAGGUGCAAACCCACUUGGAGAACCCCACCAAGUACCACAUCCAGCAGGCCCAGAGGCAGCAGGUGAAGCAGUACCUGUCCACCACGCUAGGGAACAAGGCUGUUUCUCACACCGUGUCCCCCGUGCUGCAGUCCAGCUCUGCCCCGGAAGCUGCAGCCGCCCACACCGCCAGCAGUGCCCCCAACAGUCCCAUGGCUUUACUGAACAUCGGAUCCAACAAGGAGGAAAUUGACGAUGUGAUCGAUGACAUCAUAAGCCUUGAGUCCAGUUUUAAUGAUGACGUCAUUACAUUGAUUGAUUCAGGUCUUCUGUUGCCUAACACGCUCCCAGGAAAUCUGUUGGACGUUUACCACAGCCCUGGAAUGGCAGCACCUACUCUAACUGUCAGCAACUCCUGCCCCGCUGAUCUUCCAAAUAUUAAAAGGGAAAUUACAGAUGCAGAUACCAAAGCAUUCAUGAAAGAGAGGCAGAAAAAAGACAACCAUAACCUCAUUGAGAGGAGGCGGAGAUUCAACAUCAACGACCGUAUAAAAGAGCUCGGUACUCUGAUACCCAAAUCAAGUGACCCAGAGAUGCGGUGGAAUAAAGGCACGAUUCUCAAAGCAUCCGUGGACUACAUUAGGAAGCUGCAGAAGGAGCAGCACAGAUCCAAGGACGUUGAAAUGCGACAGAAGAAGCUGGAGCAGGCCAACCACAUUAUGAUGCUACGCAUCCAGGAGCUGGAAAUGCAGGCGCGGCUCCACGGCCUGUCGGCGCCCCCCGGCAGCUCGUCGGACCAGUCCCUGCUGCAGCAGCAGCCGCUCCCUCACAGGGCUCAGUCCCUGGCUCCUCACGCAGGAGCAGCCUCCAUCCAGGACCUGCUGGCGGCCGGAGCCGUCGGCCACGCGCUGCCGGCCUCCUUCCUGUCCCCGCCCUCCUCAGACUCCGCGGCAGGAGUCACCAUGAGCAGCCCGCUGGACCUCGGCAGCCUGAGCUUCGACGACGCCUCGGCGCUCUACACGGACGUGGGUUUAGCAGACAUUCUCAUGGACGACGGGUGCACUCUGUCUCCAGAAAGGGCAGCCGAGCCGCUGCUGUCGCCUUUGUCACCCGGUGCCUCUAAAACCAGCAGCCGUAGAAGCAGCCUGGACAUGGACGAGGACUUGUGAUGCGUCAGUCGCCAUGACGACGACUGUUCUCAACCUCACCUCUAUUUAUAAGACCGUAGCAGUGAACUAGCGCAAA